AUGCCAAAACCCGACCGAUCGAUCGACCUCACGGUGACGAUUCGAUAUCAUGGCGUCAAGGCCACCGCGUACUUUUCAAAGUUCACCGGAGAGUCCAUCAAGGUCGUUCGGGGAGAUAUCGCAGCUCUAAGAAUGCCCCAGCCCAAGACUACGAGCUUUGAGCUUGUGUCCCAUGGUUGUGUAGAGUUCGGGUGGGAUUUGAUGUUUGCGGAGAAUGUGAUCCAUAAGUCCUUGAAACAGAAGAUUAUCCCCCCUCGUCUUGAGGACAAGCAGGAUUUGCAGGAACAGCUCAGAGAGUUGUCAAUCACCAAGAUAAGUCUUAGAGAAACCCCAUCUUUCACAGGUCAUGCGAAGCCCAUCGUCCCUCGGAAGCGACCUUCUGAUCACGAGGCACACAUGAAGGAACUAGGCGAGAAGCCCAUGUCAACUUCUAGAAUCACUCGACAAUCAUGGAUAAAGUCAGAACUCGCGCCACAAACCAUACCCACGGCUGCUAGACCUCACGCUCCACGGCCCACCCCUAGCAUGUCCAUCGCAUCGAUGUCGCAAGAUGAGGAUAUUCGGCCUGCUAAGAGGCUGAAAACGGAACCUAAGGAGCCUGUAUUACGGUUUACGCCCUCGCCUAGACCCAGACAAAGCCAGUCGUCGGCUCAACAGCCAACACCUUCGCUUACCCAGGUUCAAGUCCCUUCGCCCCAGUCUACGCCUCCAGCGGCUCUCAAUCUUCCUUCUACGCAAGAACCCAACGAGCUUAGCACCAAUAGGGCUGGCAGAGUUUCGCAGGCAUCAAGCGCUGUCUCCCGUGUUGUCCAAGGACGAGAAAGGACACCACCACCACUACAAACAACCCCGUCAAACCCGCCAGAGGACCAGUCGAUGACGAAUCCCCCAACAGCAACAAUCCCACCAAACCCGCCAGAGGACGAUCCAAUGACAGUUCCUAUUUCGACGAACGACGUCUCAGACGUUAUUCCGCAGCAAGAAAGGUCCUAUCCCGUAACAACCAUUCUACCAACCGCACAAGAGAAUCAAGCGAUGACAAAUUCCACCUCAACGAACGAAACAACUCCACCAAUAGGACCAGACGCCGAACGCACCACAACCCUCGCCACCCCCACCAUGCCCAUGGCCUCCAGAACAUCCCUCGCCGCCAUCACCGGCCGACCCCCCAACUCAAGCGACUUGCCCAAGAUCCAAACGCUCUCGCGAGAACUCUGGGAUAUACGGAGGAAGUUAACAGCAGACGGGGUUCGCGAAUCAGUAAUUGUGGACAAGCUGAAGCUCCUGCACGCCGCUUACGUUCCAGAGCCAAUGUCCACCAGUUCCGAUAGGGCACUUCAGGUUCUCAAAACGCGAUUGAGGGAAAUCGAGAAAGACCUGGAGAAUGAACGUUGCUUGCGCUUGAAGGCUGAGGCGACGCUUCAGGAUAUUCGGAGGGAGUGCAAGGCUCCGUUUGUGGUUCCGGCGUUGCUAGAUGCGUUCAUCUCAAUAUCGAACUUGACAACGCAGGCGCUGCAGCGUUCAAAGGAGAGUUGA